AAUUUUCAUUCACUUCUCGCAUCACUUCUCGUAUCGUAUUUUGUGCAAAAAUUUUUUGGGUCAAUUUUUUGACAUGUCAUAGAAACACAAAUAUUUAACACACUUUUAAUUUUUGGUCUCCAUGGUAACCAAAAUGAAUUUUAUUUCAUUAAUUUCCAUGGUGAUUUUAAUAACUUGCAUAAAUAGGAUAAAUUCCAUACAAAAUGAGCAUUUCCCAGUGUAUAAAAGUGAAUUAAAUUCAAGUGGUAACCAUGGUGACGACGGGUUUAAACCGAUUUUUACCCAGCAACAGUUCGAACCUAGUCAGGGUUACGAGAAGCAUUUUGUGGGAAAUCAAGAAGUUGCCAUGGCAACCACGGGAGAUAAGGUUGUCAAGAGGAAGAAGAUUAAGAAGAUUAAAAAUAAUAAUGCCACGACUGUGAGUUCGUUUCCAUCGCAACCGCAACAGCAGCAACAGUUUUUGGUGCCCAUGAGACCGCCCCCAGGGGGGCAACAGGGACCGGAAAAAGUGGGGGCCCUGAAAAAAUUGGCUGGAUUAUUUCGGAGGAGACCACAGCAGCAACCGCAACAAUGGAAUCAGUUUCCAGGGCAACAAUUUUUAGUUCCCAGUGGAAGUGCGAGCAUUGGGAAUUUUGUGGCGCCCCCAGUGCAGCAACCACAACAGCAGCAACAGCAACCCCAAGGGGGUCAGCAGCAACAACAGCAACAACCAUGGCGCCCGCAACCAUACCAACCAUUAUUUCCACAACCGAAUAAUUUCCAACAUCAAUUUCCACAGCAACAGCAAUUUCCCAGACCAAGACCUCCGUUUCCACAACAACAGCAACAGCAAUUUCCAGGGCAACCACAAAAUGCGGUGCCUCAACAACAACAACCACAGCAGUUUCCGCAGCAGCAACAAUUUGCAGGACAACCGCAGCAGCAACAACCGUUUCCAGGACAACCACAAAAUCCAUCAUCACCACAACAACAACAGCAACAAAAUGCGUUUCCAGGACAACAACCACAGCAACAACAACAACAAUUUCCCGGACAACAACAAAUGCCUCUCUUAUCAAAACUCAAAAAAACCUACGUAACUACGUUCCACAAUUUAUUUGGUCACCAUGGCAACCGCCAACGCCCCCCUCAACAACAACCCCCUGCCCCCCAACUCUACAUGCAAAACCCGAACUGGUCCGCAUUUAACCAAACUACGUUUCCACAGCAACCGCAACAAUUUCCAACUCCUUCGCAACAACAGGAACCCCGCCGGCGGAGGAUAAAACUAAGGAAACCGAAUCCGGAAUUAGUUGGACGCCCGCGGAUGGACGGUGACGAACAGGAGUUGGAUUUGAGCGGCGGCGGGGGUCACGUGACGACGGGGGAGGGGACGAGCGAUGGUAACCAUGGAGACAGGAAAAAAAGAUCCUCGAAUAAUUCUGGGUAUCGGAUGCCGGGAUUGUUCGGGAUGGAAAAGGGGGCUUUCUAUGCGGAGAAGGACCCCACCACGGGCGACGUCACCUUCUCAACAACCACACCCCCCUCCGUCUCGAUAAUCUCUUCCUACACGUCCCUAAAAAACCAAGGGGGCUCAAUUUACAAGCGAAAUUCCACCUACAACAUAAACUCCAAACUAAAAAACAAGCGUCCAACAUUUUACAAAUUCAACAAGGUAACCAUGGCACCCCCGAAAUUACCAAGUUUUUACUCCACCAAAUCUCCAAAUGAGGAAACGGUUGUCAUGACAACGACGGAACUAACGCCAAAAGUUUAUUUCGAUCCGAGCGUGGGGAUUGUCAAGGCGGGAUCCAUGGAGAUUAAGCCUGUUUCCAUGGAGAUUAUUAAACCGGUUUCCAUGGAAACGACGGUGAGGACGCCGGAGAAGGUUCAGGAGAGCAAGGAAUCCAGUGUUUCCGUGAGUGUUUCGAGCAGUUCGAGCAGUUCGAGUUCGAGAACGAGCAGUGAAGUUAAAGUGGUGGAAAAGAAAAAACCCAUUUUUUUCAAGGGUUCGAGUUCCAAGGAGGUUUUUAGCAGGGAGGAAAUUAAGGAGGUUACCAAGGUUACCAGGAGACCAAUUAUUUUUAGGACCACGACCACGACUACCGAGGCGACCACAACGACCACACCCACCACGACCACAACGACCGAAGCGACCACAACUCCUUCUACCACGACGACCACAACUACCACGACCACACCCCCUCCUCCGACGACCGAAAUUACCACGACCACGACUACAAAAACCUACGACCCCUAUUUACCAUACGAACUAUUGCAUGCCAUGAAAAAUGAGGAAAAUUCCAUGGAAACGGUGAAAAAAUCAUCGGUAAACGUGUUCUUGGAUAAAGUGGAGAGUUUGGAGGUUACCGAGACCACGCCCCCUUCGACGACCACGACGACCACGGUGACCACACCCCCUCCGACCACACCCAUAAUUUCCAUCACGAAUCCACCACCACCCCCACAACCGACCACACCUCCUCCCCCCACCCCGGCCUCCUCUGAAGAAGACCUCGAAGAUUAUUACUAUGACAACGGAAAUUAUUUCUAUAAUUACCUCCACCCCUCGCUCCCCGUCCCCCCGAAUAAAAUCACCAUGGCAACCAACUCCUCAACCACACCCACCGACAACGAGGCCGUGGAAAGCAUAAAUAAUUCCUCCCGACCAUUGAGCAAUUUUUACCGGCCGAUGGUUCCACCCGGACCGAUGCCGAUGCAUUUUCGACCACACCCACCGCCACACCCACAUCCCCCGAGGGGACCACCCCCACCCGGGUUUUUUAACAGGAAUAAACCGGAAUUGUUCAGGAGGCCGCCACCACCGGUGAUUAUGAGUUACACCCCUUUGCAGCCUGGACAACAAGAAAUAAGUAAUGGGAACAUUGAUGGGUGGGUGGGGGAGGUGGACGUUUUGGGGUCUACCAUAGAGACGACCACAACGACCACACCCGUUACCGUGGUUACCACGACCACAACGACGACCACGCCGGUAACAACUCCGGUAAUGACGACCAAGAGAGUUAAGAGCACGACCACGGCUGCUACCACCACGACGACCACGACGCCUACCACUACCACUACCAGGAGAACGACCACGACCACACCCACAACUACCACGACGACCACCCCCACAACUACCACAACAACAACAACGACCACACCCCCACCCGAAUACAUAUACGAAUACGUCGAAGAAAUCGUCACGGAAAUCCCGGUCCCACAAAAAGAAGCCGAUUUCCUCGUUUCCAACGAAAUUACCGAGAAUCACCAUGGCAUUUCUCCUAGCAACCAAAAUAACAAUUUCCAUGGAAACCAAAUUAAUAUUCCUAGCAACCAAAAUAAUCACUAUGGCAACCAAAACCCUCAAAAUCUCCAAUUCCUCCCAGUUCAACCUUUUCAUCACCCACCUCCACCCCCACCGGGAUUUAUCCACCCCCCACAGUUUCAGGCGCCACACCCACCGGCGCACCCACCGGCACACCCACAACCACCCCCACAAUCCCCACCCCCAGAAUACGAGUACGAGUACGUUGACGACCCCAUCAUCACCAACGCAACCACACCCCCUUCACCCCCACCACCCCCCACCCCACCCACCGACCAAAUUGGCAACAUAAUAAAAUCCACAAUGCUCGUUUCCAUGGAUUUGGACAAAAAUAAUCCCGAAAAUAAUCCGAAAAGUGAAAUUUCCACGGUGAUGAUGCCCCCACCACCAGCUCCGUUGCCUGGUUACGGAAGAUUUGGUAACCAUGGCAACAAUAUUUCCCCGCAUAGCAACCAAAAACCACCACAACAACCAAACCCUGCGCUAAAUUUCCUCCAGAAUUUAUUCAACAAAAAACCACACCCCCCGGCACACCCCCCACAACAACCGCAAAUGUCCAUGUCACAACAAAUCCAAAAAUUCAUUCGGCCCAAUUUCCUUGGAAACCAACCCCAAAUUGACACACUUUUCCAUAGAAACGGGACUUUUCUCGACACACCCAUGGUUACACCCCCUCAUUCAACCACACCCACUGCCACACCCACCACAGAACCACCCCCACCCACAGAACUCGACUCUGACGAAGUGAUCUACGUAACCCAAGACGAACUCGAAAAACUCAAAGCCAGCGGAAAACUGGACGAAAACGAGUUUGAAAUCGUUGCCAUGGAAACGCCGGAAAAGAAAAAAGCCAUGGAAACCGAAAAAAAGAAAAUCGUCAAGGAAACGAAAAAGCCCACAAUCGGCUCCUCUGAAGAAUAUUAUUACGACGAAGAUGAAGAAGUCGUUUCCAUGGCAACCAGUCCCACAACCAUAGCAACCACACCCAUCGUAGUAACCAUGGCAACCAUCCCCACGGUCCCAUUUACCUACAAAGAUUUAUCAAUAUCUAAGCAACCAAUUAUUUCAGCAAACACGAUCCGACCCGGGUUUUACGAGUAUGACCCUCCACAACAACAACCGUCGUUACCAACGUCGCAAUAUUUCCAUGGCAACGAUAAAUCUGAAUUUUCACAAAAAAUCGAGUAUGGCAAUUUCCAGCCGAUAAUUUCGGAAAAUUUAAAUAACGACUUUGUCAGUUACCAUGCCGACCAUAGUAAAAAAUUGGGGGCGUCAGUUAAUCGUCGCCUUGACUACGACGACGGGAUCGAACUGGUCACGGCGGGACCGAAGAAAGAAGAACUCGAAAUUAGAGAUGUGGUUGUCAAGGGGAGUUUCAAUUCGGGUUGAUUUUUUUGAGUUUUUUGUAAUUUAUUGUAAUUUUUAUAUGGGCAUUUAUUUAAUAAAUUAUUUUUUAUAUCCAUGACAACUUAAAA